CGGAUGCGAAUCGUGACUUUCAGUUUCUCGCUAAACGAAUGAGUUUUUAAAUCUUUCUACAGAAGUGUGAAUAAUUAAAGAUAUAUAACAACAAUGCCUAAAGUUUCGGUCAAAGUGAAAUGGGGCAAGGAGAUGUACCCUGGUGUAGAAGUGAACACAGAUGACGAUCCAGUUGUGUUCAAGGCACAAAUAUUUGCUCUAACUGGAGUGCAACCAGAAAGACAGAAGGUUGUGUGCAAAGGAGCCACACUUCGUGAUGAUUCAUGGGGCAACUUUAAAUUGACUAAUAAUGCUUUGGUACUAGUAAUGGGAAGUAAAGAGGAAGAUGUACCAACUGUUCCAGUGGAACAGACCAGAUUUGUAGAGGACAUGAAUGAGUCAGAACUAGCUACUGCACUGGAUCUACCCGAAGGUCUAAUAAAUUUGGGGAAUACAUGCUAUAUGAAUGCAACAGUACAGUGCUUGAAAACUGUGCCUGAAUUAAAAAAUGCCUUACUUAAUUAUGAUAAAUCGUCUAGUGGAGGUUCGGCGGGCGAGUUGACGUCAGCGCUCAGCGAGACGAUGUCCGCGCUGGAGCGGGGCGGGGCCGGGGCGUGCGCCGGGGCGGCGGCGAGGUUGCUCCGAGCGCUGCACGAGGCCGCGCCGAGGUUCGCCGAGCGGGCCCCGGGCGGGGGACUAGCGCAACAGGACGCUAGCGAGUGCUGGGCGGAACUAGUACGCGCGCUGCAAACGCGCUUGCCUGCAGCGCCCGCGCCCUCGGACAGGAGCAACAUAAUCGAGCAAUAUUUCGGAGGCACCCUCGACGUGGAGCUCGUGUGCUCUGAAGCGGACGAGCCCCCGUCACGUAGCAAGGAGACUUUCCUGCAGCUGUCCUGCUUCAUCUCGCAGGACGUCAAGUACUUGCAGUCCGGCCUUAGAUCGAAAAUGGCAGAACAGAUCACAAAGAUGUCAGAAACAUUAGGGAGAGAUGCAGUUUAUACUAAAACUAGCAAAAUCAGCCGUUUGCCCGCAUACUUAACGGUGCAAUUCGUCCGCUUUUAUUUCAAGGAAAAAGAGUCGAUUAACGCUAAAAUAUUAAAAGAUGUCAAAUUCCCACUCGACCUUGACGUAUUCGAGUUGUGCUCACCGGAGUUGCAAGAAAGAUUAGCACCCAUGAGAGCGAAAUUUAAGGAAAUUGAUGAUGCGACGGUAGAAUCUUCGUUGGCAACAAAAAAUAAAAACCAUGGUGACAGUACGAAAGAAACCAAGAAUAAAACAGUAGUUCCGUAUUGGUUUGAGAAUGAUGUGGGUAGCAACAACAGCGGCUAUUACCGUCUGCAGGCAGUGCUGACCCAUCGCGGGCGAUCCUCGUCCUCCGGUCACUACGUGGCGUGGGUCGCGCGCGGACAGACGUGGCUGCGGUGUGAUGACGACACUGUUACUCCAGUCACACAGGAUGAGGUGCUCAAGCUGAGCGGAGGCGGUGACUGGCACUGCGCAUACUUGCUUCUCUACGGGCCCCGUAUUCUGGAAUUGCCAACGGUGGAAGAACCCAUGGCGAUGGACCCCCCCACUGAACCCUCCGGGGAUCCCCCUACAGCGCUCGCGUAACCGCUCGCUACGUUCGCUUGCACGCUCGACCCGCUCCUACGCUCGCAUAGCAAUAAAACUUAGCUGUGUCUGAAAUAAGAUUAUUAAAAAUAAUGGUCUUUUCAAUUCUUUGCUAGUAGUAUCAUGACUUGCCCCUAGUUUAUAGUUCUUGGGGAUGGCUAAUGACCAAAUUAUGGCCAAAUUCUAAAUUUAUGAAGAAGGUAACUGUUACGAGCGCUACGGAAAUGUUUAUUGCUACGAGAAAUUUUAUUAUAGUGCUACGUUCACGAAGUCUAGCAAGUCUGAGCGUAGUAUCGAUAUUAUGCAUAUCCAUUAUUUGUAUUUAUUUCUUACUGUUCACAGAUAUUUGAUCCUUCGAUGAAUUCUUACGUAGGUUCUCGAAAUGUACACUAAUAUUAUUCAUGAUUGAAUUAUGUAGCUUUGUACUAAAUUUGCUAUAUAAAACGAUAAUGGCCGUUCACCCAUAUAUGUAUAUUUGAAUCGGUCUAUAGGCAAAGCCUAUGCCGCAGAAAGGGGGGGAAAUUGUAUGCUGA